UCUGUGGUCUGUGCACGAGGAUAAAUAUGGCUUCUAUAUUGAGGUCGUCGAAAUUUGUACGCUAUAUCGCUGGAUUUGCCAGAAACGUGGUUGUAAGUACACCAAGAGAAUUCGACGGAAGCCUUGUAAACACUGCGAAUCCACAAUGUCUAUGUGGGGCGUUGUCAAGAUCUUUGACCUCGCAAACGUCCGCGCAUCACGACCAGAGCCUCGAACUAAGACUCAAAACAUUAGACCAAGACGUUCGAAAGUCCGGUAGAAUCUCCCGAAGGGAUAUUGAAGAUAUUCUUGAAGAAAUCCGAAACACACGCUCUGCCACCAGCUCUCAAUCUCUUCUUGUUAUUCGGUGUUGCGGCAGUUUAGUUCCAGAAGAACUACCUGAAGUUAGAACACAGCUUGUGCAGGAAAUAUGGACAACUUUGAAAAAAUUAAAUGUUCCCAUGGAUGUGUCACAUUACAAUGCCCUGUUGAGGGUCUAUUUAGAAAACGAGCACCCGUUCUCUCCAACAGAUUUUUUGAGUGACAUGGAGAGCAAAGGCAUAGAACCGAAUCGAGUUACUUAUCAGAGGCUCAUUGCUCGUUACUGUCAAAAUGGUGAUAUUGAAGGUGCUACCAAAAUUUUGGAAUUUAUGAGGGAAAAACAAAUGCCAGUUAAUGAAAAUGUUUUUAAUGCUCUCAUUAUUGGUCAUUCCGAAACAGGAGAUAUGGAUUCUGCUCAGGGCAUCCUUUCAGUAAUGUCUCAAGCAGGUCUUGAGGCCAGUGCUGAUACUUACACUACUCUUCUUUGCGGUUAUGCAAAGAAGGGUGACAUUGACAAAAUACUUAAAAUUGCUGAUGAAUGUGAAACCAAAGAAAUUUACCUUCUUGAUAAGGAUUAUUUAGAUAUAAUAUAUUCGUUGGCCACUAAUGGACACUCCCAACAUGUACCCUUAAUAAUUCGUAAACUUAGGAAAUCAGUUGGCUAUAAUCAGGAUGCAAUAAAUAUGAUACUGAGGUUAAUCAACAAGAACCAAGAGCCUGCUGCUUAUGAAAUAUUAAGAUCCAUGUCUAGAGGAACUCGAUCUGAUGGCACCUUAAUGCCGGUAGGCAGUUUUUUUAUAAGGCAGUUGGUAAAAUCGGGAAAACCUGUAGGACUGAUUCAAGAAUAUUGUGAUAGACUUUCCUCAGAGGGCUUUUAUGAUAGAGGUUUUUUUUUGGCCACUGAAGUCGCCAUGGAAAUGGGUAAAGAGGAAGUAGCAUAUGAACUGUUUAACAAACUUCAAGAAAAGGGCAUAGAGAUAAGACAGCAUUAUUUUUGGCCUUUGAUUGUAUCCAAAGGCAAGGAAAAGUCGGAACAGGGAAUCAUUAAAAUUUUGCAAAAGAUGGGUGAUUUUGGCUUGACUCCGAAUAAUGAAACUAUUAGGGACUAUGUCUUGCCUUAUCUCCAUGGUAACAGUAGCCAUAUUUUAGAGGUGUUGAGAGAUACUAGUGUGUCCAUAGCUACAAUUACCAGUAGUCUAGUAAUUACAUUGCUUCAAAAAAACAAUAUAGCAGAAGCUGCAGCAUUAGCUUCUAGCGUUAAUGCCUAUUACAUUCCAGAACAGGUGAGGCAACCCUUAACUCGAUCCUUUUAUGAAACAAUGGAUAUUAAUUCUUAUAUAACUAUUCUUCGUUCAGUUUACGAAAAUUUAGACAGAAAAAGAAAUACAAAGUCUGAUGAUGCUGAAGAAAUUGACCGUAGUGAGAUCUUAGGAUCUUUCGUGUUGGCGCUGGCAUUUCACCCAAAGUUCUUAAAUGUUUUAGUACCUGUGCUGUCUAGAUUAGUAGAGCAGGGUUUGAGUAUUUCUACAACAUCUGCUCAGAAGAUAGAAGAAAAAUUAGGUGAAAAAAUGACAGAAGAAAUCUCAGUUUUACUUGGGAAAUUGACAUCUGGUGAAUUAACCCCAAUUCCCUUUGAGAAAAAGAAACCUAUAUACACGCCGGCAGAUCAAAUGAACAUUCAGCAGCUAGAGAUUUUGAUCAAGAAUCUUGAAUCCAAAGGGCAGGAUACCAAGGGAUUGAAAAGAAAACUUUUUACUUUGUACUACCGAGCCAAAGAUCUGGAAAAGAUGGAGUAUUUGUUAGAAGAUCUUAAGAAACAAGAUUUUGUCAUAAAUAGUGGUAUAUAUGCCCAAAUGCUAGAUAUAUAUGCUUACAAAGGAAUGCUGGAACAGGCAUUGGAGCAAUAUGAGAAGCUAAAGCAAAUGGCGGUUGAUCAAUUUGUGUUGGACGAAGGGAAAGUCAUAAAUUUGGCCCAUUUGUUGGCUAGGAAUGGACGUUUUGAUGAUGCAAUUAAACUUUUGGAAGAAACCUCGGUUGACACUAAAUUAGGUUCAAAUUACAACUAUUUUGGUCAAGUAUGGCGUUUCUUAAAUUAUUUGGCUGAGGAAGGAAGGGUAGAUGAACUUAACCAACUUUUUGAUGUUUUGCUUCGUAAAGAAUUAAUCGAAGUCAAUAAUGGAUGCCUGGGACCUCUUAUAAAAGUUCAUUUAGUCAGAAAAGAAUUGGACAAAGCUUUGGAAAAAUUUGAAUGGGCAGUGACCAAAUUUCGUUGCACUCCUUGGAAAAAUGAACUUGCCUGUCAGUUGAUUCAAGUGGAGGAUGCUGAAAACCUACAAAAGCUGACUGAUUUAAGUACAGUGGUGCAUGGAGAGAUUAACAGCCUCUAUGAUUUAGUCUUCUCAUUUGUGGAAUGCGGUAGGAUAAGGCAGGCUAGAAAAAUUUUGGAGACGCCUGGCAUGCAGAACAGACCACAAAGAAUAAACAACGCUUGUGAAAGAUAUCAAAGUGAAGGAAUGAUUAAACCACUUGAAGAUUUGAGGGAUGCAACUAGAGAUUUGAACCACAUUGACCGCAGUGAUAUUUAUUACCAACUUCUUUUGAGCUAUAUUAAGCAAGACGAUCCUGAAAAGUGUCUCGGCUUGUGGACGCAAAUGCAAGAAGAAGACAUACCCCCUUCAGAAGAUUUUCUAUUGAAAUUGAGCAAUUUUUUGAAUGAAAAGAACCUUGAUGUCCCUUUUGUGGUACCCAAUAAAACGUCAGCCGCUGGGGAACCUGCUCAUCUUAAAUCUACAUUUAAGCAAAAACUGAAUGCCAAUGAUAUUGAUGGAUGUUUAAGGUUAAUUAAGAACAGCAUAGAAAGUUUUUCACUUAGUGAUUUAUCAGUACUUAUUGAGAAACUUGUUCAGAGUGAUCGUCUCAAAGAAGCCUCAAAUUUGACAUUGAACGUUUUGGGUCGUGGGCAGGUGCCAGCUACCAAAGUACUUAAAUUUUUGGCAAAUAGAUUGGCAUUAGCAGGGAAUACCGCAGCUCUAGAAGCUUUAGGCAAAAAGAUCAACCACAAUAUGGAAAAGGCUUUAUCUUUCCACAACAAACUUUGUCAGGCGUACCUGGUAGCUGGUAAGGGGGACCAGUUUCUCCAUAGGCUAGAAGCUGAAAUUGACAAUGUCGCAGAAGAGAAUCUGGAAUAUGUAGGCGAGAAGUUUCCAAGGGGCGGGGCAUGUGGUAUUUUGGAAAGGCAUCCUGAAUUAACUGGAAAGUAUGAGGAAAUUGCUAUUAAAUAUGCCAAAAAGAACUUGUUGGGGCCAUUAAACAUACUGUGGAAUCAUUAUUUCAUAGGAAAGGAAGCUGACAAAGCAAACCAGAUUUGGAAUGAGUAUCUGGUAAAGGCUCCUAAAAUAAUGUUUCAAAGGAUAGUGAAACACGCCAGGGAACACAAAGAUGACGACUUGAUACAAAAACUUAUCAAUCAUUUGAAAAUUGGUCAAGUGACAGAAGGUGCUAUGGGCAAUGCUUACAGCUGUUACUUGGAUAUAUUGGUGGCUAAAGGAGAUGCCCAAGAAGUCAAAAAAGUAUUUGAGAAAGCUCUUAAGGAAGUCAAGAUUGAAUCUCUCAACAGGACAGCUGUAUUAAGGGUUAAAGCGUUGUAUGAAUCAUUGGGUGAAGUCUUUAAUUAUCCAAUUCCAUCAAAGAGUGCCAAGAAGGUUGAAGAAGAGUCUUUGUAGGUUAGACGGCCUUGUGAUUGUGUUUUAUUAAGUAUUAAAAUUUAAGAGUUUAAUAAAUAGAUUUUUUUGUGUUCAUUGUUUAGGGGGACUAAGUUUUUGAGUGCAAGGAAUCAACAUUGUUUUUAUUUCUUAUCAAUCUUCAGUUAACUCAUGGGGAGCAGA